CGGGGCAGCAGAGGGAUUUAGCAGCUCCAUCAGGAUCUUUGGAUCACGCGCUCUGCCAGCCCGUGAGCUGCCAGCGUUUGUGCAGUGGCAAAGCAGCUCAGAAAGCUCUUGGGACGUGUUGUUCAGACCCUGGGGCGGGAGGGAAAUGCUGUUAAUUUGCCCCUUCCCUGUGUUUUUUAUCCCUCACAGCUUUGGGAAGGAGUCUUUGAGCUCUGACGUGGAGCCAGAUUUGUUUUCUCAGCGUGAUCCAGCCGCGUGUCGGAAUCCGCUUCAGCAGCAGGCAGGAACAGGACAUCAGGAAACUGUCAAAUGGAGAAGCAACUGGGAUCUGUGUCCCUGUGCCUCUUUCCUGGAUGUGAAUGCAGAGGUUUCACAGCAGGAUUGGAGUCAGAAGGAGCAGAGUGAAUCAAGGAAGCCCUGGUGUCACCUGGGAUCUGCAUUCCCUGCUGUUCUGGGGUCUGAUGGAGAGAGUCAAGAUGCCGCUCAAGGUGCUGCCAGGCUUGUCCCUUCUUCCCAGGAUGCCCAGGGUAGAUCCAUGCCAGCUCCAGCGCUGACGGUCCGAUUCAUCACCAGGAGAUUCAUUGGAGACUAUGACCCAACCCUAGAAAUGAUCUACAGGCACGUGGCUGUCAUCGAUGGGGAGAUGGUGCACUUCGAGAUCCUCGACACGGCCGGGCAGGAGGAGGACUCCCUGCAGAUCGAGGAGAAGAUCAAGUGGGGCGAUGGCUUUGCCGUGGUGUACUCGGUGACGGACCGCUGCAGCUUCGACGAGGUGAUGCGGCUCUGCUUCCUCAUCAACCACCUGCACGCCAGCCCCAAGCGCAGCGGCGCCGCCGAGCAGCCCCCCGUCGUCAUCGUGGGCAACAAGAAGGACCUGCAGUUCGACAGGAUGGUGUCCACCGAGGAUGGGGAGAACCUCUCCAAAGCCCUCAAGAUUCCCUUCUACGAGAUCUCCACGCGGGACAGCUACGAGGAGCCGGUGGCCGUGUUCAGCAGCCUCUACCAGGAGCUGCUCAGGCAGGGGCACUUCUCCCCCGGCUCCUUCAAGAGGAGGACAGUGUCCAAGCUCAUGGAAAAGAUUCCCAAGAUGCAAGCCAGCUCCACCCUGAACUCUGCGGGCCGGAGCCUCAGCUUUAACUCCUUCAGGGACUACAUUCCCGAGUGAGCCGCCCGGCUCCAGCCCGGGAUGGGGGCGGCUGUGCCGGCUCUCUGCAGGGGAGAGGGUGGCACUGGGGUACAAAGGGGUUCUCCUUACAAGGGGCUUUGUGCCAGCAGGGAAGGUUUUCUUCUUCUAUCCGAUCCCUUUUCUCCCUCCUCCCCCUCCGGCACGGCUGCAGUGGAGCCGAGGUGGCUCCAGUGGUGUUGGGACAAUUCCUUGGAGGGAGGCUCAGCUGUGUUUUGGUGGGGCUCAGACCAAAUCUGUACCCCAAAUCCAGCACCCACCAUGCUGGGUGACCCCAAGGACCAUGCUGGCUCAUUCCCUGGGAAUGGAGCCUGCUUCCUCAGCGUGGCUGGUGAGUAAUGCCCCUGGAUCCUCAGACCCUCCCAGGCUGUGCUCAGUAGCAUGGACACAACAGAGCUGAUUCCAGAAGCUGCUUGCAGACCCCUCUGUCUGCUCACCCACUGCCCUGCUCCCAGAGGGAAAAUCACCACGGGCUGAGGACUUCUCAUUUUGCACAGGGAUGGGGCAGGAAAGGCGUGGGAAGGAGCUGGGUGCAUGGCUCCUAUUCCUUCCCUCCCUCUGGGUAAUACCUGUGCUGGGACCCUGUGGUGUGACUCCCCUGUCCCUCCGUGUUGUGACCGACCCCCUCGUCUGCUGCCGUGUCCUGUGACAAUAAAAGCUGAGUUCCCAACGCC